GAUUACACCAAGAAUGCACUGGCCAAAGCCUAUUAUUCCAUGUGAAGACCCCUGCAGGAUCUUGCAGGUACUAUGGAGGUUGGAGUUACUUAAGGCUGAGGAUAUCCACCCUGGGGCCUGACUUUGUUUCUCUGGCGUUUGAGGUCUUCUCUUUCCGACCGGUAUUGCAGAGAACGACUCCGGCACCAACAAGCAGACGAUGGCCCAGAACCUUGCCCGCAGUGGCGAUGGGGCAGUCCAGCCGCUUCUCUCUCAGGCUGUGGGAUAUGUUAUUGUUGUUGUGGUUGGGUUGAUCAUCGCAUUUGUGAUGAUGUUAAUUACCCGAGUGCUGAAGAAAACUACUGGAGAAGACAAUAAGAAAACUGAAAUGUUUAUGACAGCAAACCGCACUGUGAGAACGGGAUUGACAGCGUCAGCCGUGAUAUCUUCAUGGCUGUGGACGACUGCGCUGCUCGGGUCUUCCUUUGUCGGAUACGACUACGGCGUGUCGGGGUCAUUCUGGUUCGCGGCCGGAUGUAGCCCGAUGAUCGUUUUCUUCGCCUUGCUUGGUAUAUCAUGCAAACGAAAGAUCCCUGAAGCUCAUACUUCACUUGAAGUUGUUCGGAUUCGCUAUGGGAGAAUUGCACAUGUCGUGUUCAUGACCCUUUGCUUGGUUAACAAUAUUUUCGCAUGUGCGAACAUGCUGCUCGGCGCGGCUGCGGUCAUCUCAGCAGUGACUGGAAUGCACAUAAUCGCCGCGACAUUCCUGCUGCCGGUCGGAGUCACUGUUUACACUUUCGUCGGUGGCAUUAAAGCAACUUUCUUGACAGACUACUUCCACACGGCUAUCAUCCUAAUCAUCGCUUGCUACUUCUCCAUCAAAGCAUUCACAUACGAGGAGGUCGGGUCGGUCGGAAAACUAUACGAUCUUGUGCAGGCCGCUGCUCAACGGCAUCCGGUUGCUGGAAACCACAAUGGAACUUACCUGACUAUGACAUCGAAAGGAGGAAUACUUUUUGGGAUUUUGCACAUUUGCUCAAACUUCGGUCUGGUCAUCAUGGACACCAGUUACUUCAUCAAGGCCUUCUCAGCUGCCCCAUCGUCAGUCGUACCCGGUUAUACGAUCGGAGGUGUCGCAUACUUCGCCAUCCCAUGGGCUUUGGGGACAAUCAUGAGCUCGCUCGCUCUUGGACUUGAGAAUAGUUCAUCAUUUCCUACUUAUCCUCGGAGAAUGACAACAACCGAAGUUAGCAACGGCCUCGUCCUACCCUACGCAGCAAUGACAAUCGCAGGCAAAGGAGGCGCGGCAGCCAUACUACUUAUGACCUUCAUGGCUGUGACGUCCACCCUGUCUGCCCAAGUUAUCGCGGUUAGCUCUAUCCUGAGUUUCGAUGUCUAUCGACAAUAUUUCAACCGGAACGCAUCCGACCGGGAUAUCAUCCGUGCUAGCCACUUCGGAGUUAUAUUCUUCGCUGCUUUCUCUGCGGGAUUUAGCACGAUGUUGCAUUACGUCGGCAUUGAUCUCGGAUGGACGUUGUAUAUGCUCGGCGUGGUAACCUGUCCCGGGAUCUUCCCUAUGGCGUUCACUAUCCUCUGGUGUCGCCAAAGCAAAGCGGCAGCGAUCCUCUCGCCCAUUCUAGGUAUGGCCACAGGUAUUGGCGUCUGGCUCGGCACUGCGCAGCAUUUCUACGGCGCAGUUUCCGUCUCAGCAACCGGCCAAAUCCUACCCUGUGUCUAUGGAACCGUGGCAUCGGCAUGCUCGCCGAUCUUGUACUCGGUAGUGAUUACCUUGAUCAGACCACAGAAAUACGACUGGUCGGAGUUCAGAAAGGAGAAACUCGCGCUUGAGAAACUGAACAGUGAUCUGACGACCGUGCAUAAUGAGCACGGUCCACACGAGAAUAACAUCGAGACUGGACCAAGGAGCGCAUCCAUCCCCGAGACAAAAGAACUCAAACGAUGGGGUCGCAUUGCAGCCUUCUGGUCCAUAGCGACAUUCUUGGGUCAUUGGGUUAUCUGGCCGCUACCUAUGUAUGGAUCGAAUUAUGUGUUUGGAAAGGGGUUCUUCUCUGCGUGGAUUAUUGUGGCGAUUAUCUGGCUUUGGGGAACAACACUCAUUGCUAUCUUCUAUCCUAUCUUUGAUGGGGGUAUCCAGCAGAUUGCGCAGGUUUACCGCGGGUUACGUGGAAGAGGUACAUGGACGUAUGAUGAUGAGGGGACUGAGACGCCGUCAUCGCCGUCUGUUACGGGAGUUCAGGAGGUGGAUAAGGAGGGCAUCUAAACUAUGUUACAAUCCGGGAUUCUGGCGCAGAACGAUACGAGCAGGUUUAAAUCAUGGGGCAAUUUUCUAGAUCUCUCACGUUUAUGUCCGCGGAUAAUGGUGAAGCUAUUCCAUUUCAGCUGCCGUGGAAAAGCAGAAUACGUCUAUGUAGCGAAGAAAUAAUUGUUAAUAGAAGAGUCU